GGAAGUGCCGCCUCACUGCUGCGCUGCCUUCACAGUGGAGUGUGAUGCGGGCUGCUCUCUUUGAGGAGGACUGGGAGUGACGCAGGGCGGACGGAAAAAACCGGGGCUUGAGGGGAAAGGACAGGGCGGUGAUGCAUGAGGGAGUGUAGCGUUGAUUUCACAAGUUCGAGCCCGAUGCACCGCCCGGCUUCCCGCACACAGGCUGCCCGGUGACUGACAGACAGUGAUAAUCAUAUUAAUACUAAGGAGUCAUCAGCUCUUCCUUGGGGAGGAUCAGUGAGGAUACACUCCCAGGUGACGCUGCUCCCGCUUUCUGUUCAUGGCCAAGUAGCCUCGUCAUCCCAUUUUCUCUACCCGAUCACCCAAGUUGCAGGACCCGUGCAGUGGGAGGAUAUCUCGGACCCAUCCCUCCGUCAUUUUAACGAGCCUCCAUCAUCAUGAACUACCUACGCCGUCGACUCUCGGACAGCAAUUUCAUGUCCAAUCUGCCCAAUGGCUACAUGAGCGAUCUCCAGCGGAACGACCCGCCGCAGCAGAGCCCCGCAGUGUCGCCCGGGCCGUCGGAGAGGCGCCAGUCCACCACCGGCACCCCGCAGCCGCAGCCUCAGCAGCCGCAGCAGCCGCAGCCGCAGCAGCAGCAGUCUGCAGGUGCAGGCGCUGGCUUCUUCUCCUCCAUAUCCAACGCUGUCAAGCAGACCACAGCUGCCGCGGCCGCCACCUUAUCCGAGGCGGCGGACCGGGCAGGGGUCUCCAGCAGCGCCAAGAUCCUCCUGGUCAUCGAUGACCAGCAGACCGACUGGGUGAAGAUCUUCCGAGGAAGAAAGAUCCACGGGGAAUUCGACAUCAAGGUGGAACAGGCUGAAUUCUCUGAAAUCAGCCUGGUGGCGGAUUCUACAGGCAGCUACAAUGUGGACAUCGAUGCAAUCAGGAACGGACAUAAGGUUACUAAGUCCAUCAAGCCAGACUUUGUGCUGAUCAGACAGCACGCCUUCAGCAUGGACAAGAACGGAGACCAUCGUAACAUCGUGAUUGGCCUGCAGUACGCUGGACUGCCUAGUGUUAACUCUUUGCACUCUGUCUACAAUUUCUGUGACAAGCCGUGGGUGUUUGCUCAGAUGUCUAGACUGUGUAAGCAACUAGGCCCAGAGGAGUUCCCACUGAUUGAGCAGGUUUACUAUCCAAACCACAAGGAAAUGAUCACCUCCCCUCACUUCCCUGUAGUGGUAAAGAUGGGCCAUGCCCACUCAGGAAUGGGAAAGGUGAAAGUAGACAAUCAAUAUGAUUUUCAAGAUAUUGCCAGUGUGGUGGCACUGACCAAGACUUACGCCACAUCUGAGCCUUUUAUUGAUGCAAAGUAUGACGUCCGCAUCCAGAAGAUUGGAAACCAUUACAAGGCUUACAUGAGAACGUCUAUUUCUGGUAACUGGAAAACCAACACUGGCUCAUCUAUGCUUGAGCAGGUGGCCAUGUCGGACAAGUACAGAAUGUGGGUGGACUCUUGUGCCGACAUCUUCGGAGGGUUGGAUAUCUGUGCUGUGGAGGCUCUACAUGGCAAAGAUGGCAAGGACUACAUUAUAGAGGUUGAUGACUGUUCCAUGCCACUGAUUGGGGACCAGCAGGAUGAAGAUCGCGUACAGAUUGCAGAACUGGUGGUCUCUCAGAUGAACCAGACUGUUCCACGCACUUCCAGCUCUUCCACUGUCCGUGCCACUGCAGGCCAACCAGCACAGAAACCAGUGUCUCCUCAGCCUGUCUCUCAGCCAAGAGUACCACAGACUCAGCAGCGCCCUUCACCUCAGGGUGGUCCUCAGCAAAGUCCCCCAUCUCAGCAACGCCCACAGCCUCAAGGUCAACCACCUGCACAGGCCCAGCAGUCUGUAACCAGCCCUGCUGCAGCUGAACCCGGUGCCCAGGGUAAGGCUCAUCAAGGACCUGUAGCACAGCCGAGGCAACAAGGUCAGGGAGCUCCUCCAGGUCAGAGAGCUUCCUCCGGUCAGGGCUCUCCUCAGCGAAGCCAGGGAGGUUCCCCUCAAACUCAGAGGCAACAGUCUGCCUCCCAGCAGAAACCACCUGCAGGAGGCCCUGGCCAGAAACCUGCAGGUGGCCAACCCCAACAGCAGAGGCCUACCCAGCCUGCUAGGCAGCAGUCACAGGGGGGUGCACAGAGGUCUCAAGGUCGCCCUGGAGGACCGACCACCCAGCAGCCUCGACCUGCUGCUCCAGGCCAGGGGGCCCCAGGUGGACGACCUCCACUGCAGCAAAAGCCUCAACCUCCACAGAAACCCAGCCAGGACAACCCGGCUAUGGGCGGCUCUCCACAACUAAACAAGUCCCAGUCUCUUACCAAUACCUUCAACAUUCCAGAAACCCCAGCGCCACGAGCCAGCCUUAGCCAGGACGAGGUGAAGGCCGAAACCAUACGCAACCUGCGCAAAUCCUUUGCCAGUCUCUUCUCAGACUGAGACGGCAUAAGCCCCCACCCCUCCACCCCUCUUCCUUCUGACAGAAAGAUGGACAGGCAAAUUGAAGGACAGAUUCCUUCCCCCCCCCCCAAACCAACAAGGAGCAACAGGAAGUCGCCUCCGAUUUAUGUAUAUUGACCCUGAUGUGAAAGUGUACACACUCGUCUUAACUGCCGAAAAUUGUUCAUACAUUUUAAAAGGAACACAGAGUAGAAUACAGAGUCAAUUUGAUAUCUCAAACAUUCCUUGCUUUCGCUUCACGCUUACGUAACUCAUUGCAUGUCAGACAAACUGUGAGCGUGCGCACACACACACACACACACACACACACACUCAGACACACAGACAUGUGCACACACGCACGCACACACACAAAAGUCUGUUUAUGCAUGAAAACACGCACAAGAAUGUGCUAGAAAAACAAGACAAUGCUUCUCCCUCUUGCUUGACGCGGCUGUAUAGUCCUAGUGAUCUUUACUUUUGAAUUUAGGUCGAACGACUUAACAACCAAAUCAAUUAAAGGACUUUACAAAAUCUGUUGGGGUGGGGAGGUUAGCUAGAUCUCAUAUCGUAAACUUUAUUUUUUCUAAAGAGCUGAUUAAUAAACUGUUACUAUAGCAACAUAAUAGAAUGAGUGUAAGCUCUGAGCUGAGGGCCAUUUUGAUGUAAAAAUAUAAUCCGUUUAUUUCCAAAACAAAACACACAAAAUAGAAUAUGUUAUAAAAUACAAACAUAGGAAGAAAAAAAAAUUACUAUAAUUAAUAUAUAAUAAAUAAUUUAUUUAUUUAAAUGUAAUUAAAUACUUUUCCUCCAACAAAAAUGUAAAUGCGACCCCCACUUUUCUGACCCCCUUGCCCCUAAUAAUGUUUGUACAGUCCCUUUAGCUGAGCUGUCCUGCAUAGACUGUCCUGUGUUCGCCAAUGCUAGAUCUGUAGAGCUGUCGGCUGCUCAUGGUUAUGUCUUAGCUGCAUGUCAAGAGCAAUGGUUGCGUUUCCCCACUCCUGACACUGGCGCUUGUAACUGUGUCGUCACAAGUAGUUGAAUUGGUUAGUAAAGUAGCCUGUGGUAGUUGUUGUGAGUGUGUUGUUGCUGCCACCCUACAAAGCCUUCCCCUCUUGUUUCCCCCAACUUUCAGCAUGCCUUACAUGGACAAGAAAGUUAGAUCAGAUGGAGCUGUCUCAGGGAUGUCCAAUGGAUUGUGACACUUCUGUGUGGGUGAGGGUCUUCCAUUACAGAUUCAUUGUGGCUGUUAACCCAUAAUGAAGGCGAAAGCAUGCAUCUUAAUGAGGUCGAAGGUUUUUAUUGUUUCAAAUGUAUUUG